AUGGCGGACACCAGUAAACCAGACCAAGACCUGACUAGCGGAGGAGAAGACUUGCCGCCUUUGACGAAAGAAAAACCACCAGACGUUGUAAUCGAACAGGAAAACGAAAGCGAGAAAGAUGCGAGCGCAGUAAGUACCGCUAGUGGUAAAAUUCAAUCGUUACGUAAUAACAAGAAGUCAGCCAAGACUAGACUUACGAAAGCAAAGAAUCAGUUGAUUGAUCUACUGGGAAGUAACACAGUAACAGGAACUUUGCCGAGUAAAAACGCUGUUCGGAGAGCCAUUAACAAAAUCAAAGCAGAAUUAACUCUUAUUGAAAAAAUUGUCGCCAGUCUUAAAGAAGUUUAUGCACUGAACGAAAUUGCAGAGGCAGAUACAAUUAUUGAGUCACUUGACAAAGAGGCGGAUGAGAUAGUAGCGUCAGUUGACGAGGUUAUUGAGAAUGCUGAAAGACACGUGCAAGAAAGACUAGACAAGGGAGAGGAAGAGUCAGUUCUGCUUUCAAAUAAGUCACAGGCAAGUGAUGAUAAAGUCUCCUUAGCAUCAUCGUACGUAAAACAAAAACAGUUGGAAGCAAAACAAGCCAGUGAACGCCUUGCUCAAGUAGAAGAAGAGCAAAAACAAAAGGAGUUAGAGCUUGAAAAAAUAACUGCCGAAGUUCAGCUAGCCAAACAGCGGGCUGAAGAAGCAAGGAAGGUUGCUGCUCUGAAUAAACUGAGAGCAGAUGCAGCAGAGCGAGAGUCUGGCUUACUCAAUAAGGAUGACACUUCACUGGGCAUCUCCCGUUCCCCUGAUCUAGUUUAUGAAAAGAAUGCCUGUGGACCUGGCCAGUACCCUGGAAGAAUAGUACAAAGGAGCUUACCUGUCAAGCUGAAAGGUGUCGAUCUCCCUAAGUUCUCAGGAGAAGAUAAAGCUGAUUACGAGCCUUGGAGGGCUGCCUUUAUGUCUAUUGUUGAUAGAAUGGAUAUUCCUGUUGGUGAAAAAGUGUUACGUCUUCAAAGCAGUUUGACCGGAAAGGCCCUGACAUUGGUGAAAGACCUAGGAUACUCUAUCAAUGCCUACGAAAGAGCAAAGGAAAAACUCGAAAAGAAGUAUGGAGGGGAGAGGCGUUUGCAAAUUAAACACUUGACUGCUCUGCGUGGAUGGCAAAAAGUUCGACCCCGAAAUCUAGAAGAUAUGGAGAACUUUCAAGGUAUACUGGAAAGAGUUUGGAUAGCGCUGAAAGACUGUGGUCCAGGGCAAGAACUUCAAGGGCACAAUCUGAACCUCACAGCAAAGGAAAAGCUUUCAGAGGAGGAUGUGCAGGCUUACAAGCAUUGGCUUAUCGAUCAUUCCCUGGAAGACAGCUUCGAGUCACUCAUAGAAUGGGUAGAGAUCCGAGUGCAGAUUAUGGAAGAAGCAAGGGAAGAGACGAGUGGGUUCGGGAAAAGAAAAUCUGAUGAGCCAGAAGGACGAAGAAAUGGUUUUCGAAGUGAUCGAGUUCGUGGCAGAACCUUCAACACCAAAUCGAAGUCAAGAAGCUGUAUUGUGGAGACAUGUAAGCAGAACCAUCCUCCAUGGGUUUGCAAAGCCUUCAAAGAGUUACCUGUUCCAAAGAGAAAAGAGCUGAUUGGAAGUGCCAAGCGUUGUUACCGUUGUCUAGCUGCUGGUCAUCACAGCAAGGAAUGCCCUAACACGAAGCGAUGUGGAGUUGACGGAUGUCUCAGUACUCAUCAUAGCAGCUAUCUUCACGAAAAUACUUCCCAUCAACCGACGGACAGAUCACAAGGCCAACUACAUGUGGGCGCCUCGCCUUUCCGACUAGACGAACAGGCAAAUCCAGAAUCUAGAGCCCUACAGAAUGCAGGAGCAAGCAUGAAUGACCCGGCACCUCGAGAGCAGACCCACAAUACUAGCCAUGCUGAACAUGUGUCUUUGAUGAUUCUCCCAGCUCUGAUCAGCAAUGGAAAUAAAGGACUGAGGGUAAAUGUCAUGCUAGACCCAUGCUCCACAAGUUCCUACAUUUCUGAGGAGGCAGCUGAAGAGCUAGAGUUACAUGGACAGGAGUUGAAUCUGACGAUCGCAGGAACAGGAGGAGUAGAAGUCAAGACACGUUCACGCAGGGUUGAACUUACCGUGACAAACCUAGAUGGUACCUUUUCAAGUCCGUUGCAAGCCCAUGUCCUUGACAACAUUGCCGGCGAUACUCCAGCUAUUCGCUGGUCAGAACUGAAGGAUAAGUGGCCCCACCUUCGCCAAGUGCCAUUCAAAAGUGUAUCAAGACGGCGUCAGAUUGACAUCAUGAUUGGCAGUGAUCAUCCAGUCUUUCAUCAUGUACUGAAGGAAGCUUGUGGUGACCAACCAAAUGACCCCAUUGCGCGUUUGACAAAUUUGGGCUGGGUGUGCUUUGGUCCUACAUUGGUGGAAGAAUUCCGGCGUAACACUCAUUCCCACUUCACACGCACGUACCGCAGCAGUCAAGUCAAUAAGUCACCGCCUCCUGAUGACAUUCUGCGUGCAUUUUGGGAACUCGAAUCCCUGGGGAUCAUGGACAAGUCUGAACAACGGAUGACAGCAGAAGAGAGAGCGGCAGUCGCUCAAGUAUCUGAGACACUGGAGGUCAGGAAUGGGCGAUACAAAAUAGGAAUCCCCUGGAAAGAAGGCGAACCAAAGUUCACUAACAAUUAUGAUGUAGCUAUCGUGCGACUCAAAAGCCAGGAGAAGUCCCUCAAGCGAAAAGGCCCAGAGGUCAUGGAAGCCUACAACAAGAUCUUUCAAGACUAUGAGAAAAAGGACUACAUUCGUCAAGUACCCCAAUCUGAAGUUGAAAAGCAAUGGUUUCUCCCCCACUUUCCAGUGGUCAAAGAAGACAGAGUCACCACAAAAGUGCGCGUGGUCUUUGAUGCUGCGGCAAAGCAUGAUGGAAAGAGCUUGAAUGACGCCAUAUGGCCGGGACCAAAGCUUCAAAGAGACUUGGUUGAUGUGCUGACACGUUUCCGUCGUGCACCUAUAGCCCUGUCAGCUGACAUUUCUGAGAUGUUCUUACAAGUUGAACUGCAAGAGAAAGACCGUCCAUAUCACCGUUUCCUGUGGCGUGACUUCGACACUUCAAGAGAGCCUGACGUGUAUGAGUUUCAGCGACUGUUGUUUGGAAACACUGCUUCGCCAUUUUGUUCCCAGUAUGUUCUUCAGACCCAUGCCAAGACACACGCUUUAGACUUUCCUCAAGCAGCAAGCACCGUUGAAGACUCAAUGUAUGUGGAUGAUGUACUAGACUCCUGUGAGAUAGUUGAGAGUGCUCAACACCUGCGACGCCAGCUGUCUACCCUUUUGGCCAUGGCAGGCUUCAAGUUAAGGAAGUGGUCCUCCAAUGAACCAGUUGUAAUUGAAGACAUCCCGAAGGAAGACCGGCUACCUACCAUAGACUUAGACAAAGAUAUCUUGCCAAAGACCAAGACUCUUGGAGUCAUGUGGGAAGCUGAAAGAGAUGUCUUUACCUUCCAAGUGCAACAGCCACUCAUGAACAACAAAGCACAGACCAAGCGAAACGUACUUAGCGCUAUAGCCAGCCUGUUUGACCCACUUCAGUUCUUGGCACCAUUCACCGUGAGAGCAAAGGUCCUUAUGCAGGAGAUAUGGAUGGCUGGUGUUGAUUGGGAUGACGAAUUACCCGAGAACUUAAAAAUUAAGUGGGAGAAGUGGGUAUCAGAACUCCCACAACUGUCAAAUGUUGCUGUCCCUCGAUGUCUGCGUCGAGCAUACCCAGAGAACAUUGAACUACACCUAUUUUCAGAUGCUUCUAAUGACGCUUUCGCAUCAGUUGCCUAUUUAGUCUGUCGGUACCAGGAUAUCAGUCCGUCGUCACGCCUUAUCGCAUCAAAGUGUCGUGUGUCCCCAGUGAAAGCAAUGACAAUUCCCCGGUUAGAGCUUAUGGGUGCCAUCCUUUCAAGUCGUCUGGCCCAGAAUAUCCUGAAAGUGAUCUCCGUAGAUAGAACCAUCUUCUGGACUGACUCAGAGAAUGUGUGGUACUGGGUCCGCAAUCAAAGCCGUGAGUUCAAACCGUUUGUUGCCAACCGAAUCGGUGAAAUACAGCGAACGUCAAGUCCUGAGCAGUGGCGACACGUACCAGGAACAUUAAACCCAGCAGACCUGCCAACAAGGGGGCUUUCUGCCAUGGCCUUAGCCGAGAGUGAAGUUUGGAUGGAAGGACCAGCCUUCCUUAAAAAUGAUGAGUCAACCUGGCCAGCGGCACCACCCCCCAGAGAUAGCAUUAAGAAGAAUGAAGACUAUGAAAGACGAACGACAUCCAGAACACACGUGACCAACAGCCAUGCCAAUGUGAUCAUGGACCCAAACAGAUUCUCAAGCCUUAAGCGUCUGGUUCAUGUGACAGGAUGGGUUCAGCGAUUCCUGACCAACUGCAGACUUCCGAUGAAUUUACGAAGAAAGGAUCGAAUUCUCCUGCCAACCGAGAUAUCAGAAGCAGAGACGUUCUGGAUUAAGCAAGCCCAAGCCCAAGCCUUCCCUGGUGGAGAAAACGAGAGUUCGCUGACUCAAUUGAACCCUAAGAGUGAUGGUGAUAGGUUACUUCGAAUGGAUGGACGCUUGCGUUUUGCAGAUGAGCUUCCAUAUGAUACAAGGCACCCGAUCCUACUACCAAAGGACCACCCUGUAACAAAACUAGUUAUCGCUGACGCCCAUGAAAGACUCGGCCAUGGGGCUGGAGUAGAGCAAGUUCUAACUGAGUUAAGAAGCCGCUUCUGGAUUGUUAAAGGAAGGCGCAUGGUACGAAACGUAACCGAGGCUUGUGCUAAAUGUAGACGUCGUUUCACCAUGAAAAUAGGCCAUCAGAUGAUGGCCCCCUUACCCAAAUCGAGAUUGCAGUCUUCACUAAGGGCAUUUGAAAAGGUUGGUGUCGAUUAUGGAGGUCCAUUCUUGACAAAGCAAGGACGUGGUAGGACAAGAGCCAAACGUUACCUGUGUCUUUUCACUUGCCUUACAACCCGAGCUGUGCAUUUGGAAAUGUCCUACUCAUUAGACACUGACUCGUUUAUUAACGCAUUUACCCGGAUGACGUCAAGGAGGGGGACACCAACCUAUGUUAUCUCUGACAACGGAACCAACUUCGUUGGAGCAGAGCGCGAACUUCGAGAGUUGGUGGAGGCCCUUGACACCGACAGAAUCACGCAAGAAACCAGCAAAUAUCACCCAAUUGACUGGAAGUUUAACCCUCCGUGUGCCCCCCAUUUUGGUGGUGUAUUUGAAGCAUUGAUCAAGAGUGCGAAGAAGGCAAUCAAAGCUAUCCUUGGAGACGCAGAUGUUACUGACGAAGAGCUUCACACAGCAAUCUGUGGUGCGGAACGAUUGUUGAAUUCUAGACCAAUUACUUAUGUCAGCUCAGAUCCCAAUGACCCUUCGCCGCUCACUCCACGCCAUUUUCUUGUUGGAGAGAUUGGAGGACCGUUUGCCCCAGAGGCACUUGACCACGAACAAACCUACAACCCUAGGAAACGGUGGCACCGCGUGCAGCAGCUUCUAGGACAGUUCUGGAAACGCUGGAGAAAGGAGUUCCUGCCCAACCUUAAUGUCAGGAAGAAAUGGUUUCAUCCAAGACACAAUUUGAAGGAAGGUGAUGUUGUACUGAUUGUAGAGCCAAACGCCAGCAGAGGAGAGUGGCCUCUCGGCCGUGUGAUUGAAGCAUACCCUGGUGAUGAUGGUCUAGUGAGAGUUGUAAAAGUCAAGGCAAAGAACAAGGAGUACUUGCGUCCUGUCCAUCGCCUGUGUCCACUGGAGUAUGUAGAAGACAGUGCUGAGGAGUGA